AUGUCAAUGCAACCAGAAAUGGUGGAUGUUAAUGCCAUCCUUUACUGGAUGUGGGAGAAGAUUAUAAAUCUCACCGCACAGCUUGACGAGCUAUGGGCAAAUUCCCCCAAGCAAGUUGAGCCAAAAUUCAACAAGAAAGUCGAGAUUAUCAAGCUGCAAAUCUGGAUCAUGGCGAACUGGGAUGCCUUUUCAGAUGAUUUCAGAAUCGCAACAGCUGUGCUGUCAAGACUAAAGGGGCCUAUGGUGGGUCGGUACACCCAAGUGGGACUCCAGCAGUGCUACACUGGGGGUGUAUGGCCAACCUGGGAUGAUCUCAAAUUAGAGAUUGGAAAAUAUUUUAAACCACAAGCUGAGUGUGACUGGGCGUGUUAG